UCCCCACGCAUCACCCACAACCGCCGCCAAGCAUGGCCCCCGCCGGCACACUGCUCUCGCCCGAAGACCUGCAGCAGACACUCGGCACGCUCGAAGUGCUGCUCUCGCUCUUCGCCGAGCCCGACUCGGCCUCCUCCUCCUCCGCGGCCGUGUCGCCGGAGCUGCUCUCCUCCUCGGCCGCCUCGGCCGCACGCGAUGUGGCCGCCUUUCUCACUCUGCCGCUGGCCGAGCUGCAGCUGCCCAGCUCCGCCGCGCUCAAGGCGCGCAUCCCCGCUGCACUGCCCCUCUGCCUCUCGCUCGAUCCACUGCGCGGCCAGCGCCGCGCCCGCGAGCCAUGCCUGCUCCUCACGCUCGACGUCGAGCUACCGCUGCGCGCCCGCGGCACAGAGGCGCGCUCCACGCGGCCGCGCAUGACGCUGCGCCAGGCCGAGUGGAUGAGCAGAGCAGUGCAUGCCGAGCUCUGCUCCAUUGCUGCCCUUGCGCCGCCGCCGCCGCCGCCGCGCGAGGCAAAGGAGGGCACGGCGGAGGAGGGAGAGCACGACGAGGACGCAGCCAGUCUGGUGCUCGCGGCGACAGAGGAGCUCUCCGAGCUCGCCGUGCCGCAUCUCGAAGCUGCCGCACUCGCCUUCUCUCUCUCCGCCGCCGCAUCCCUAGCCGCAUCUUCAACUCCCUCCGCCGUGCCACUCUCAUCCUCAGUCUUGCGCACCUGGCAUCUCUUCCCUUCUCUCUCCACGCCUGCCAAACGGGACGAUCUCGUCGCCUAUGCCUCGCUCCAUUCGCACUCGCCCGUCGCUUCCCGCUCCGGCUCCGACGGCGAGGCGCAACAAGCGCAGCCUCUGACGGGCUUCGUCCUGGCGGGCAAGCCUGGCCUCGUCGUUCUCGAAGCUGCGCUUCCGCCGCGCGCCUGCGAUGCAGAUGUGCUGCGCGCCAGCAACGCGAUUGAUGCGUAUUGGGCAGACAUCAAGAGCCGCAGCUGGAGGGACAUUCCCAGCGGCCACAAAAAGGUCUCGGAGCGUCUGCGCGAAGCCAACGUCGCACGCAUCUUCCAUGCGAUGCGGGAAAUGACGGAACGGCCGGAGGUGGGCGGGCCAGAGGCACGCAAGGGCACCUGGAGUCAUCGCAAUGACCUCGGCGCGCUCGAGGCUUGGCUGGAGACGCUGGGCCUGGGCGGACGCAUGCGCGACGUGCUUGGCAUGGGCCAUGAAUGGACGGCGCACGCGAGUGCGUAGCCCGGCGCAGCGACAUGGACAUACAUAGAUCGAUACCCCCCCCCCCCGCCAGCAUCGGGCUUGGCGGUGCGACUGCACCUGCAAUCAAGCAACCUGUGUCCCU